AUGGGAGGCAACUUCCGAGAUGACAAGCGACAGCCCAAAGAACGUGACGACGCUGCUCGGGAUCGCCCUGCACGAACCUUUGACACUUUCGCCAGAGACGUAGACGAUGAGGGCAGACCUCGAAACGGAACGAACAGGAACAAAACUGAGCCGUGGUACAAGAACGAGUCCAACGCAGUCACCACUCCGGCUGUUGAAGCUACUACCACCCCCGACAAACGUGAACGAAUUGACCGCGCGAAGAGCUGGAGAGACCGCGAUGCGACCGCUGAUACUCCUGAUGAUCGCCACAAUAACAACAGUCACAACAACAACAACAAUCGCACCAAUGAUCGACGAUGGGGACGAGACCGUGAUCAAAGAGUCGAGCGUGAGCCUGAAUGGCUAGACGAACCUCUUGAGGAGCAUCCCGAGGCUCAUACGCAGCAAGAUUUCCAGAAGUGGAUGGAGGACAUGAAGAAGGCCAAGGCUGGAAUCCCUGCUGCUCCUGGUAAAUCCGCGAAUGUUGAGGCAGCUGAAACCAUGAUCGAGGCUGAAAAGCCCCCCGUGCAAUCUGCCCCAGCGAUUCCAGCUGGACCUGAUAAGUUCUUCAUGGCGUUUGGAUCGAAUGCUGGUCUGGACACCCCUCUCGCUGAGGAGACCAAGGAACCUGUCAACAAGCCAAAAGCAUCCGGCAAAUCUUCUAGGUUUACGUCUUUCUUUUCGCAACCCCAGGAGGAGCCUCGAGGCAAAACGGAACCUCCAACUCCUAUGGCAGGACCUCCUGUCAACAGCGGUAUGCCUUUGCCUCUCCCCUUUGCCGGCGGCCCAGCUCCUCCAGCAGGCGGCGAAGAUGAGCGACAAGCUUUCCAGCAACUACUGGCAAAGCUACAGAAACAGACGAUGAGCGCCACACCACCAGGACUGCCCGCAUUUGCUGCCCCUCAAGGUACGCCGCCAAAUGCUGGCAGGCCCAACACCAUUACCUCUCCCGAAUCUCCUUUCCAGCAGUAUGGACCUGAUCGACGAAUGGACGGUCCCAUUGGCCGAGUCCCUCCUCAGCAUGUUCAAGAGAUUCUUGCACCCCGACCCCAGCCACAAGCUGCUCGCCCCGAGCAACUUCUCCAAGAUCUCGUUGGCCAGCGCCAGCGAGCUCCCAGUCAAGGUUCUGGACGUCCUGAUGCCGCUCGUAACAACAGUAAUACUGAGUUCUUGAUGAAUCUCAUGAGAGCACCUCCUGACGCCCAGCGCAAUGAAUUGUUGAUGCGCAUGGGUCCCCAGCAGCAGAAGCCACCGCAGAUGCCCCAGGAGCCCGAUUUUCCCAGAGACGACCGUGGUCCUCAGCGUCAAAUGCGUCAACCACCGCCUGGUUUCCCCAUGGAAGACCGAUUCCACAACCCUCCUGAUGCUGAUGUUCGACCCAACCAGCCUACACAGAUCUUGCAACGUCCACCCCCACCUCCUGGUCUGGACCAUCAAAUGCCUCCCAGCUGGAUGCCUGGUGGCCAAAUGCCUCCUCCUCAGCAGCGAGGUCCUAUGAUCCCUCCCCCAGGACUUCCUGCUGGUCUCGGUGGCCCUGGCGGCCCUGGACCCAACCGUAGCAUGCCCAUGCCUCACAUGUUUCCUCCCAACUUCCCUCCUGGCGUGAUGCCUCCUCUCGAGGCCUUGGGUGGCCCUCCUCCUCGAAACAUGCCUCCCCCUGCCUUCUACGGCGGCCUCCCCCCCGGAUUCAUCCCUCCUGGACUCGGCGGCUUCAACGGUCCCCCUGGACCUGAAUUUCCUGGCGGUCCCUUCGAAGGCCGUGGUAUGCCUCCUCCUGGCAACGGCCGUGGCGCUGCUUUCGGGAGACCUUAA